AUGAGUGAGUUCAAGACUUUAGAUCGUGAAGAACCAAACUAUUUUGGUGCUGGUCCAGCUUUAUUACCAACUUCAGUGUUACAAGAAGCUGCGUAUGACUUAAUUAAUUAUGAACAGCAAGGUCUUGGUAUUGGUGAAAUUUCUCAUCGUUCAAAACCGGCCAUUAAAGUAAUUGAUGAAACUAAAGCUAAUUUGGCCAAGGUAUUGAACAUUCCAGAUACUCAUGAAGUGUUUUUCAUGCAAGGUGGUGGUACUAGUGGGUUCUCAUCGAUUGUAUAUAAUUUAAUUGCAAAUUACGCUAAAAGACACCCUGGUAAAGUUGGUAAGGCAGCUUAUGCUGUAACUGGAUCUUGGUCUAAGAAAUCAGCUGAAGAAGCUGUCAGAUUAGGUUUCGAUGUUGAUAUUGUGGUGAAUACCAAGGCUAACAAAUUUGAUGAUAUCCCACCUUAUUCAGAAUGGAAAGCUAUUGAUAAAGAGAAUACUGCUUAUCUUUAUGUUUGUGAUAAUGAAACUGUUAAUGGUAAUGAAUUCAAAGAUAUCCCAACCUCUGAAUAUCUCCCUGAAGGUGUUGAACUUGUGGCUGAUAUGUCAUCCAAUAUCUUAUCAAAAAAAGUUGAUGUUAGUAAAUAUGGGGUUAUUAUGGCUGGGGCUCAAAAAAAUAUUGGUUUAGCAGGUUUAACCAUUUAUAUUGUUAAGAAAUCUUUAAUUGAACAACCAACUGAUGAUGAAUUGAAAUCUUAUGGUAUACCAAGAGUUCCAAUUGCUUUCCAUUUCCCAUCUGUGGUGGCUAAUAAUUCAGCUUAUAAUACUAUUCCAAUCUUUACUUGUCAUAUUUUAAAAUUAGUGACAGCUAGACUUAUAGAAAAAGGUGGAAUUGAAUAUAUUCAAAAAGUGAAUGAAGAAAAAGCUCAAUUAUUAUAUGCUGCUUUAACUAAAUAUCCAAACUUUUAUAAAUUACCUAUCGUUAAUCCAAAAGUUCGUUCAAAUAUGAAUGUGGUAUUUACUUUACCAAAGGAUUUAGAAGAUAAAUUCAUUCAAGAAGCCACUGCUAAAAAUUUAACUGGAUUAAAAGGUCAUAGAUCAGUAGGUGGUAUGAGAGCUUCUAUAUACAACGCUGUUACCCUUGAAAGUGUUCAAUUGUUAGUUGCUUUUGUAACUGAAUUUGCUGAAGCUAACCAAUAG